AAUGCAGUGGCAAGCCGAAUGAAGGAGGAAGAGAGCAAAGAAAAUCCGAAGAAAAAUGUGAAUUUCCCCGAAAUAAAAAUCACUGCAGCCGACUUGGGCAAAGAGAAACUAGCCAAACUUAACUACAGUGACAAGUGGAAAGAUCUGCCUUCAACGAUGCGCAAACAGCUGGAAGAGCUCAAGGAACAAUAUGCCCUCAAGUUUCAAGAUCGUACCGAUUACCAGCGACAACUACGCACCAAAGUGUGUUUGGCCAAAUACCAGACGAUUCCAUCUAACGCCCCACUUCAUCUGGCCAUCAGAGACAUCCAGCACAAAGCUCCGUAUGCCGACGCGUUGGCUGUACUCGCUAAGCAAAAGGCAGAGUACAAAGAACUAUCUCCUUGGUAUGUGGAUCUCUUGGACGAGUUGGAUGGAUUGCAAUUCGACAAGAAAAUCAGCACAGCUGUCAAACGAUUAAAAUAUUACGCACAGCUACCCUCCGGACAAUUCACUGUUCUCCAAUUCACUCGAGUGCUGCGUUCUUUGGAGCUGUGGGAACUCUGUCUACCGAUGGUAGCUGCUGCGACCGAUUUCAUCCGCUCACGAAUCCUUGAUAUGACGCUGGAAGAAUAUGUUGAUUGGCUUCGUAAAACCUACUCAGAAAUGAAGGAUUUGGAUCGUGCAUGACAGAUCCAAAUGGGAAUCAAGAAUCAGAAAAGAUAUACUAAAAAUCAAGUUAUUGCUUUUCAAAGUUCCGUUGGCUUUAUGUUACGUUCGUUAUUGAUGUAAGCGUCACCCUGGGAU